AUGUGGCAAUCUUCAAAGCCCUACUUUGGCCUCCGGGGAGGAUGGCUUACAUUCUGGAUGACUCUAGCCUGUGGUGCGGAUAUGACACUUUCGGGAUACGAUCAGGGGGUGUUCAGUGGAGUUGUCAUCUCUCAAGACUUUCUUCGACUGCAUGGCCUUGAGGGACCUACCAAGACGACACUUCUAGGUACGGUGACUGCUAUUUAUGAUGUGGGGUGUUGUCUUGGCUCGUUGCUUGCCUAUUCUGUUGGCGAGCGACUUGGUCGGAGGAAUACUGUUCUCGUGGGCACAACGAUCAUGACCAUCGGUGCUAUCUUGCAGGCCUCUUCCUAUAGCCUCGCUCAAAUGAUGGCAGCGCGGGUGAUUGCUGGGAUCGGCAAUGGCCUCAACACCUCAACAGCGCCCAUUUGGCAAGUCGAAACCUCCAAGGUGCAGUGGCGUGGGAAACUGGUUAUUUUGGAGAACUGUCUUCUCCUGGUUGGCUUUUCUCUUGCCAAUUGGCUGAACUACGGUCUCUCGUUUGUCGAUGGUCCGGUUUCAUGGCGUUUCCCCUUGUCCUUCCAGUUGAUCUUCAACCUUAUCCUGUUUUUAACGGUUCCUUGGCUUCCCGAAUCCCCAAGAUGGCUUAUCGCCCACGACCGUUCAGACGAGGCUGUCCAAAUCAUCGCCGAUCUCGAGGAUCAAGAGCCAACCUCCGCAUUUGUCCAACUUCAACUGAGCGAAAUCCAAUACAGCGUCGAGUACGAGCGGUCUAACAGCGUCAGCUUCAGCGAUAUAAUCCGCGGGCGUGCUAGCGAGAAGUCAGGCACAAACACAAUUCGCCGUCUCGUGCUGGGUAUGGGAGCUCAGUCAUUCCAGCAAUUUACCGGAAUCAACGUGACAUCCUACUACCUCCCGACCGUACUGACCACUUCAGUUGGGCUCAGCGAAUCACUGGCACGUUUACUCACAGCAUGUAACAGCGUGCAGUACUUGUGUUUCUCCUUGGUCGGCAUUCCUAGCGUUGAACGCUGGGGGCGACGCAGACUGAUGAUGUUUGGAUGCGCGGGAAUGUGUUUCUGUUACGUAUUCAUCACGGCGCUUAUCAGAUACAGCGAGAUGGUUGGAUACUCACAUCGUGAGCAGGUAGCCUCUGCAUCAGUCGCGUUUUUCUUCCUCUACUACGUUUUCUUCGGCAUUGGCAUGCAGGGCGUGCCGUGGCUUUACCCAACCGAGAUCAACUCGCUGACGAUGCGCACGAAAGGAGCAGCUCUGGGAGCUGCAACAAACUGGAUUAUGAACUUCAUGGUCGUCGAGAUUACACCAAUCGGUAUUCAGAACCUGGGGUGGAAGUUCUACAUUAUUUGGAUCGUGUUGAAUGCUGCAAUCGUACCCACGGUUUAUCUGUUUUACCCGGAGACAGCGGGUCGGACUUUGGAAGACAUGGACGAGUAUUAUCGUGGCAGUCCUCCUCUCUUGGCGUGUAUGGACAAAGAGGCGAUUUCAUGUGAACGACCAGAGAGGUACCAUGCGCGAAACGAACACAUCAUGCAUGCCAAAAGUAUUGAGAACACAGAACAUGUUGAGAGUGUGACAUGA